GAGCCUCAAGGAGCACAGACAAUGCUGCAUGGCCCUCAACCAGCCCUUCCGGUCACAGCUGGAAUCCAGCUGCCUGGAGGCGCAGAGUUGGGCUUGCGCGACUGGAACAAAGUUCCUUCACUGUUGGUUGAGUUGCUGCAAUAGAAGGGCUCUACUUUCUUGCACCGAUUCAUGCAUGAGAGAACUCUUUCUUAGACAUGCAUCAGAAACAGCCUUGCCAAAUGGCACAAUCCUUCCUCGCUUUGAGCUACUGUAUCUGUAAUUUACUUUUUAAAAAAAUUUAUCUGAUAUAUUUUUCUUAUCUCUCUUCCACUUAAAACAUCACCUUGAAGGUCCCUUAAAUAUUCUUAUACACUGUACAGGUGCCACAAAAUAGUCAAUGUACAUGAACUUAUGUAUGAAUGGAUCCCAGGAGCGCGUGGUUAACGUUAUUCUGAUGUUUUAGGGGGACCUCAGACCGUCUUGUGAAGGGGUGAAGGAUGACUGCCACGACUCACCAGUAUCCCUGUUGGAUCUUCAUCAAUGAGAGGACGUUCAUAACCAGGGAACAACUAAAUACUUUAUUGAAGACCUACAACAUUUUCUAUGAGAACCAGAAAAGUCUGCAUAUUUUAUAUGGACAGAGUGACGACGGGAACGUCAUCGUGGAAGGGAUGCUGGACGUUUCCUGGGGUGUAAAGCGGCCCAUCCAGCUGAAAAUACAGGAUGACAAGCAGAUCUCUUGUUUGACUCUGUCGAAGCCGCCCGAUGCCUUUUCCAGUAGAGGGAGAAUGACACGCUGGGGAGAAUUUGAUGACCUUUAUCACAUUGGUGAACUGGACAGAACUCAGAUCCCCAUGUCUGAAACAGAGAAUUCCCUGGAAGACGAUCUGCCUUACCGCCGCGGCACCCUGAAGCCCUACUCAGGGGAGGACCCCGGCUCCCCAGUGCUCUACAGAACCAUGAGCGAGGCCGUCCUGGUGGGGAGACGGACGCGGCUGCCGGCGAUGGACAGCAGGGACAGGCGGAGCCACAGGGCCUCCAUUAACGGACACUUCUACAACCACGAGACAUCCAUUUUCACCCCAGCCUUUGGAUCUGAAACAAAGGUCAGAAUCAACAGUAGCAUGCGAACUGAAGAAGUAAUAAAGCAGCUACUGCAAAAAUUUAAGAUUGAGAACAGCCCCCGGGACUUCGCUCUUUACAUGAUUUUUGCCACCGGAGAGCAGAGGCGGCUGAAGAGGACAGAUAUCCCACUGCUGCAGAGACUCCUGCAAGGCCCCUCCAAGCACAACGCUCGGCUUUUCCUCAUGGACAAAGACGCGGAAGAAAUCAGCAGUGACGUGGCUCAGUACAUUAACUUUCAUUUUUCUCUCCUGGAAUCCAUUCUCCAAAGACUAAAGGAAGAAGAGAAAAGAGAGAUUCAAAGGACACGAAUGAAAUUCAAUACUGAAAAAGCCAUUAUACUGACAUAUCUACAGAGUAAACAGACAGUCAAAACAGAGACAACGGUUUAGCAGAGCAAGUCUCUAGGGUUAAAACACUUCGACAGGGAGGUUACCAUGUGAUGAAUUCAUCACGUCUGUGCUUGCCUUGGAAUGUGUACUGGCCUAAUCUGUAGGAAACUGCCGGAAAAGCUUGUUUCUCUUUCAAGGAAGGGGACGACCUAAGGUUCACAGCUGGUCUAAGAUGAGGUUGGUGGCAUUUCAGUCACUGAAAUAAGCUUGAAUACUGUGUAUUCCAAAUGCCUCUUACAGUAAAACAUGUGGCAGUCGUGAA